CACCAAGCUAUGGUAACAUCCCUAAAUGAAGAAAAUGAAAGUGUGACCGUUGAAUGGAUUGAAAAUGGAGAUACUAAAGGCAAAGAGAUUGACUUGGAGAGUAUAUGUUCACUUAACCCAGAUCUUGCACCUGAUGAAGAUAUUGAACCUGGUCCAGAGACACUACCACCACCUGCUCCAUCAGCCAAAGUAAACAAAAUCCUAAAGACUCGUCGAACUGUGGUGCCUAUUAAGAAUGACAACCCCAUCAGAGAUAACAGAGUGUCUGGUUCUGCACGUGCACGACCUUCUCAGCUUCCCGAGCAGGCUUUCUCCUCUCAACAGAAUGGUAGUGUUUCAGAUAUAUCUCCAGUUCAAGCUGCAAAAAAGGAAUUUGGACCCCCUUCACGUAGAAAAUCUAAUUGUGUAAAAGAGGUUGAAAAAUUGCAAGAGAAACGUGAAAAGAGAAGGUUACAACAGCAGGAACUUAGAGAAAAAAGAGCUCAGGAUGUUGAUGCUACAAACCCAAAUUAUGAAAUUAUGUGUAUGAUAAGAGAUUUCAGGGCAAGUUUGGAUUACAGACCACUGACAAAUGCAGAUCCUAUUGAUGAGCACAGGAUAUGUGUUUGUGUACGGAAACGACCACUCAAUAAAAAAGAAACUUUAAUGAAAGACCUUGAUGUAAUAACAAUUCCUAGUAAAGAUGUUGUGAUGGUACAUGAACCAAAACAAAAGGUGGAUUUAACAAGGUACCUAGAAAACCAAACUUUUCGUUUUGAUUAUACCUUUGAUGAAACGUCUCCUAAUGAAAUGGUUUACAGGUUUACAGCUCGACCAUUAGUGGAGACCAUAUUUGAAAGGGGAAUGGCAACUUGUUUUGCGUAUGGGCAGACAGGCAGUGGAAAAACCCAUACUAUGGGUGGUGACUUUUCAGGAAAGAACCAGGAUUGUUCUAAAGGCAUAUAUGCACUUGCAGCUCGAGACGUCUUUCUCAUGCUAAAGAAACCAAACAAUAAGAAGUUAGAACUCCAAGUAUAUGCAACAUUUUUUGAGAUCUACAGUGGUAAGGUUUUUGACUUGUUGAACAGGAAGACAAAAUUAAGAGUGUUAGAAGAUGGCAAACAGCAAGUCCAAGUGGUGGGAUUACAGGAACGGGAAGUUAAAUGUGUUGAAGAUGUUCUUAAGCUUAUUGAUAUAGGCAACAGCUGCAGGACGUCUGGCCAGACAUCUGCAAAUGCACACUCAUCUCGAAGCCAUGCAGUGUUUCAGAUUAUUCUCAGAAGGAAAGGGAAAUUGCAUGGUAAAUUUUCUCUGAUUGAUUUGGCUGGCAAUGAAAGAGGAGCAGAUACUUCCAGUGCAGACAGGCAGACUCGACUAGAAGGUGCAGAAAUUAACAAGAGCCUUUUAGCACUCAAGGAGUGCAUUAGAGCCUUAGGCCGAAAUAAACCUCAUACACCCUUCAGAGCAAGUAAACUUACUCAGGUGCUAAGAGAUUCGUUUAUCGGAGAAAACUCCCGUACCUGUAUGAUUGCUACAAUUUCUCCAGGAAUGGCAUCAUGUGAAAACACUCUGAAUACAUUGAGAUACGCAAAUAGAGUAAAGGAAUUUGGAAUUAGUCCUUCGGACAUUCCCUUCUCACAGGGUAGUGGCAGUCGCUCUGAUCUCUCUCCUUCCUAUGAGUAUGACGACUUUUCUCCUUCAGUCACCAGGGUGAAGGAGCUGACGGUCGAUCCUACUGCCACAGGAGAUAACCGUCCCACUAUACACCAUCCUCCCAAUCAGAUUGAUGACUUGGAGACACAGUGGGGUGUGGGGAGCUCUCCUCAGAGGGAUGAUCUCAAACUGCUUUGUGAACAAAAUGAAGAGGAAGUUUCUCCACAAUUGUUUACUUUCCAUGAAGCUGUGUCACAAAUGGUGGAAAUGGAAGAGCAAGUAGUAGAAGACCACAGGACUGUCUUCCAGGAAUCUCUUAGAUGGCUGGAAGAUGAAAGAGCUCUUCUUGAGAUGACAGAAGAAGUAGACUAUGAUGUGGAUUCUUAUGCUACCCAACUUGAAGUAAUUCUAGAUCAAAAAAUUGAAGUUCUGACCGAACUUAGAGACAAAGUGAAAUCUUUCCGGGCAGCUCUGCAAGAGGAGGAACAGGCCAGUAAACAGAUCAGCCUGAAAAAACCACGUGCCCUUUGAAUCAGGCCUUUGCUGCUAAAGGAGUCCAUGAACCCGUACUGCUGUAGCACACAUUUGUUAUGAAACCCAGUGGCUGUAAGAACUCAACUACUUGAAAGUGUAAAAACAUUAGAAAUGUCUGUGAAAAUGUCCUGUUUCUUAUUCACCUGAAUGACAUUUUUAAGUUUUGUGUGAAAUGCUCCUAUGAUGUCUACAAAAUGCUUCUAGACCAGACAGCACAACCAUGCAGGGUUCAGAUCUGUGAAGCACUUUGUUU